ACAAGAGUGAGCAGGACAACAGGUCAAUGUUCGAAAACACAACUCGAUAACUCGAGAAAAGCCUUAUCUGCGCAGCCGAGAAAUUUCCACUAGCCGCUAGAUGUCGGGAGGAGUAUAAAAGCGCAUGAAACGCGCGCAUUUCAAGUGAAUUCAAGUCAAGCUCUACACAUAGUCAAACCAAAGUGAAUCAGUGCAACUUAUUUGUGCAUAGCGGUGCAUUUUUGACAAAAAUCAGUGAAGAUGAGAUCGUUUGGAGGAUUUUCUUAUUGCCUAACGUUGGCUAUCAUAUUCUUCGGAAUUGGCUCACGUAAAAUAGCAUUCGGCGAUGAAUGUCCCGGCAAACAAGACAACAAACUGAACGACCAGGCUUUCGGAAUGGCGCUGACACCCGACGACUUCUUAACCUCCAUGAUGACACCAUGGAUCGUGCACGAUUAUUUCCGACCAUGGAGGCAACUGGCUUCGAUCGCAAAAGACUUGGGAUCGACCAUUAAAAAUGAGAAAGACAAGUUCCAGAUCAACUUGGACGUUCAACACUUCGGACCUGAAGAAAUCACUGUGAAGACUUCGGAUGGGUAUGUCGUGAUUGAAGCCAAGCAUGAGGAGAAGAAAGAUGAACAUGGCUUUGUGUCUAGGCAGCAGGAACAGUGGCUAAGAGCAGUAGGACGCGAGGAUCUCAUUGACAAAGGCGAACUAAAGAGUGGAUACCGGGUCUGCUCCCGCCACUUUUCACCGAACAGCAUAAAGACGCAGUCUAAAAACCUCUGUCCUGACGCAGUGCCCACUUUAUGCCUGCCUCCCAAUGAAGUUAACACAAUUGAUCCAGAACCUAUGCAGCAUGAUGACAUUGUGUGCAACAGCUGUCAUAAGCCAAUCCGUGGGUUCCGCUACAAGUGUGUCUCGUGCGAUGACUAUGAUCUGUGCCCUAAGUGUGAGUCAAUGGAGACUCACUCCAACCACUACAUGCUGAGGAUUCCCAAGCCUUUAAAAUUUAUGAUUGCUGACCAACUAAUAAAAAAAUGGAAGAGAUUUUUUAAAGCAGAACAUGUGGUACCUGACUGCCAGGAUGACUGUAAAGAUGGUAUAUUGGAUGCUAAUUCAGACGAAAGUGACGAUGAUGUUCCAAUCACGAAGUACGUGAUACGAGCGAGCCAAGACAGCGAUCUGUCAGAAGACGUCAAAUCCAAAAUACGAAACGAGAUCGCCCGAGUCAUAGCCCUGAAGAGUGCGGAGAAAAGAAAGAAGAAAGAGAAGGCAAAAGGACAGACGAAUGGCAAGAAAAGGAGUGGAGUUGAUUUGGCAAGUUCAGUCAAGAAGCCGCGGCCAUCUGACCUGGUGGAAGACCCAGUCCUACCUCCACCGCUGCUGACGCCGACACACGAAGUUGCUUUCGCUGACGUCAACGAAAUGUGCGACGUGAAGACCGAGGUGCCUGCUGCGAUGGCUAGCACAGACACAGAAUUCGGGCAGCCAUUGAUGCACGUCAGGCUCAGCGACGACCUAACAGAGCUAAUGAUCGAAAUGGCGGGAGAACCCAAGACAGUGUACCGAUACACUGACAGCUAGCAGUAACUUUAGUUUGAGUACACAAACAGAUUGUUGGUGCUGUCAUGCCAAAAAUACAGGGUGAACACAUAAAAUAAAAUCAAUAGUUUGGACCAUGUAAAUAAUGAUCAAAAUUAUUUCCUCUAUCCAAUAUUUUUAUCCUUCUAAAAUCGACAUUAUAAGGUCUGUGCUUUUUUGUAAACUUAACUUUUAUAACGUGUAUUCAGUAAGUUCAGUAGCACUCACUUUUUUGUACUGAGAAACAAAUAAGUCAUGUUAUUGUUAUCAUUUAUUUAUAAGACAGUGAAUUUUAUAUUGCUUAGGAGUCUUAGGCGACGAAUUUUCGAAGCCAGUGUCUCCUGAUUACAGUGCACCCUGUAUUAUUUGGCAAAUGUACCAAGUUUAUUGAUUUCUGACCCACUUUGACUCGAACCUUGUGAUGUUCUCGCACGUUCGUUUCAAUUCUAUUUUUAUUUAGGUCUUGUCAAAACAACAUACCUACUUAUCUUGGAUAUUUUUUACAAUGCUUACAAAUUCGUGUAGUUUAUUAUUCUGUAAAUAUUUAUGUAGAAUCAUAGUAUGGAUGGAUGGAGUAUUAGAGUAAGUAGGUUGUAUUGCAAGUAAAGGUGUGUGCAAAUGUAAUUUUGAAUUGUGUAAAUAUUAUACGUGAGAAAGUUUAAUAAAUGUUGCCUAUUUAUGAA